AUAAAUUUGUUGAAAAGGUUAUUCAGCAAACACUAAAACUCUGGUCACGUAUUAUUUCAUGGUCAGCCCAAAAAAUCACAUGUACUCCAAUUGCCUGGAUGGAGGAAACGGAUCGAAGCGAUUGGAAAGAAAAUUCUGUCAAAGAUGAAAAAGAAUCUACAGUACCAGACGUAAAUCCAUGCCUUAAAGGCGAAAAAGAAUCAGAUUUAUAUCCAAGCUUUAAAGAUGUGGCAAUGUCUACUUUUAAAACUACUACCGAAGUUAUGAGCUGCUACAUUCCA